AUGCCCAUCUCAAUUCCCAAGAGCGAAAACCUGACUGAGCUGUUCAGUCUCAAGGGGAAGGUUGUUGUCGUCACGGGUGCAUCAAACACACGAGGAAUCGGAUACGAAGCCGCACGAGGAUGCGCCGAAAUGGGCGCCGAUGUAGCCAUCACAUACUUCUCUCGCGAAGAGAGUGCAAAGAAGAACGCCGGUAUGGCGUAG